UUCUGCUCUGCAGACUUCUGGUUUUACGAUGGGUUCUAACAUUGUUGGUUGUUGUAUUUGCAGGCCGUAUGUUCUUAUCGGAGCUCCCAAGGCCAAUACGAGCCAGCCAAACAUAACGGAGAGUGGCGCAGUUUACUCGUGCGCCUGGGGACAGAACAACACCGAAUGCCAGCAGGUUCCUUUCGAUCUAACAGGUAACCGGUUAUAUAACGAGACUGAAGCCAUGGAGCUGAAAUCGAACCAGUGGUUCGGCGCAACAAUCCGAUCCCACAACCACACGAUCCUGGCCUGUGCCCCUCGCUACACGUGGAGAAAGAACAUGGAGAACAACGAGCUGGUGGGGACCUGCUUCCUGUCCAUGGGCAACUUCAGCCACGUGGUGGAGUACGCGCCGUGUCGAACGAAUUGGGAUUCUCCCUCAGGCCAAGGCUUCUGCCAGGCUGGCUUCAGCGCGGACCUGACGGAGAGUGGUCGCGUGGUGCUCGGUGGGCCUGGCAGUUUCUUCUGGCAAGGCCAGUUGGUUUCUGCCUUUGUCAAGGACAUUGUUCAGCCGAGUGAAGAGUUCAACUUCAUCCAGUACACCACGGGGGAGACCCACACGCCAGCGUCGCCCGGCUCCCUGGACGACAGCUACAUGGGUUACUCUCUGGCUGUGGGGGAGUUCAGUGGCGAUUCCAUUGAAGACUAUGUGACGGGAGUGCCUCGUGGGACUGAAUCAGUCGGAUACGUGACCAUUUUAAAUGGAACUAAUAUGAAGGCCUUGUAUAACUUCUCUGGUGACCAGAUGGCCUCCUACUUUGGGUACACAGUGGCAGUGACGGACAUCAACAGCGACGGGCUGGAUGACGUGCUGGUGAGCGCGCCGAUGUUCAUGCAGCGGGAGGCGGGCGGCAGGCUGCAGGAGGUGGGCAGAGUCUACGUCUACCUUCAGACCGGCCCGCUGGAGUUCAACAUCACGCAAAACCUGACCGGCAGCCACACGUACGGACGCUAUGGGACCACCGUCGCUGUGCUGGGCGACCUGGAUCAAGACGGCUACAAUGACGUGGCGGUGGGGGCACCGUACGCUGGCGACCUGCACCAGGGCCUGGUCUACAUCUACAACGGGCGACCCGAGGGGCUGAACAGUACCCCGUCCCAAAUCCUGACCGGACAGUGGGCAGCCAGUGCCAAGAUGCCCGCUAGCUUUGGCUUUGCAGUGCGGGGGGCAACGGACCUCGACAUGAAUGGAUACCCAGAUGUCAUCGUGGGUGCGUUUGGCGUGGAUCGUGCUGUGGUUUACAGGGCCAGGCCUAUUGUGCGGGCAAGCGCCACGCUGAAGGUGACCCCCUCGGUCUUCAACCCUGAAGAAAGGGGCUGCACGGUGAACAACACUGACGUUGCGUGCAUCAAUGUCAGCUUCUGCCUGAGUGCCGCCGGGAAUCACAUGCCGGACUCCAUCGGUUUCAAGGUGGAGUUACACCUGGACAAACUGAAGCAGAAGGGUGCAAUUAAGCGCAUGCUAUUCCUGCACUCUCAGGAGCCUUUGUAUCAGGAUAACGUCACCAUUACGAAUGGGCAAGGAGGGAUAUGUCGAGAGCUGAAGAUCUAUCUCCUCGAGGAGCAGAAGUUUCGUGACAAACUGUCGCUGAUCCACAUUGCGUUGAACUUCAGCUUGGACCCCGGCAGCCCCAGUGACGACCACGGCCUGCAGCCCAUGCUCAGCUACUCCACCAGCGACUACCUGGUGCAGAAGGCCCAGAUCCAGCUCGACUGUGGAGAUGACAACAUCUGUGUCCCAGACCUACACCUCACAGUUCACGGGGAUCGCAACACGGUGUACCUGGGCGACGAGAAUCCCCUGGCGCUGAACUUCGAGGCGAGGAACCUGGGCGAGGGCGGGGCGUACGAGGCAGAGCUGUACGUCUUCCUGCCCCCGGAAGCCCACUUCAGCGGGAUCGUACGGGAUGAGGGCCUGGCAAUGCUGAGCUGUACCUGUGACAACCAAACCGUGGUCUGCAUCCUGGGCAACCCCAUGAAGCCGGGCACCAACCUAUCCGGCGGCCUCCGGUUCACGGCCCACCAACUGCGCGAUGACAAGAAGUUCAUUGAGUUUGAGCUACAGAUACGCAGCAAGAACCUGAACAACUCGAGGAGCGAAGUUGUCCACUACAAGCUGAACAUGGAGGUCAAGGCGCACGUCAGCAUUCGCGGGGUAUCUAUCCAGGACAAGAUCCUCUUCCCCAUCCCAAACUGGAAGCCCAGCCGGAAGCCGCUGAGUGAAAUGGACAUCGGGCCGUCGGUCAAGCACGUCUUUGAGCUCUCCAACAUGGGCCCCAGCUCCAUCAGCUCCAGCGUGCUGCAGGUCAGCUGCCCCAUCGCGCUGCAGGCCGACGGCCUGCUCUACAUCACCGGCUACGAGAGCACGGGGGCCCUGCUCAACUGCUCCGCCAGCUCGCCGCUCAACCCGCUGCAGCUCAAGCUGGACAGUCCCCCGGGAGAGCCAGCGCUGGUGCUGAGCGCCGCUUCGCAGAGGCUGCAGCGUUCCGUGAGUGGUCGCGAUGCUGCAUGGGACGAACUGAAGGAGCCCGAGAACCUGAACUGCCAGCAGGUGGAGUGUCUGAACCUGGUGUGUACCGUGGGCCUGGUGCCGCGAGCGGGCAACGUGGUACUGAUGAUCCGCUCUCGUGUGUGGGCACGCACCUUCCUACAGUGGGAAAACCGUCCGUACACGCUGCACUGUAAUGCAUCGUUCCAGGUGCAUUCCAUGCCAUAUCGCAUCCUCCCCGCUGACUAUCCCAGAGGCUCCAUCCAGGUGUCGACCUCGGUGGUGUGGGCCAAGUCGGAGAGCUCGUCUGCCGCUCCUCUCUGGAUCAUCAUCCUGGCCGUGCUCAUCGGCCUGCUCCUGCUUGCUCUUCUCAUCUUCAUCUUGUACAAACUCGACUUCUUCAAGCGGUCCAAGCUGCCGUACGGGACGGCCAUGGAGAAGGCCCAGCUGAAACCACAGGCCGCGUCAGAGGCGUAGCGCCGGGGCUGGCGUUGGCGGGACACUAGACGCGGGUAGAGGUGCCAGGCCGGCACCCCCGCUGCACUGCUCCAUCUCAGAACCGGGGGGGGAGGGGGGAGGGGGGGCCCGGCGCUCCGGCUCCUCCGUGCUCCAGUGCAGCGACGGAGCGGGUCGGGAAGCUGCGGGGGGGGGGGGGGGGGGGUUGCACGGGGGGGCAGCGGCCGGGCUUCUGCAAGACAAACGUUAUUUAAGGAAAUUUAUUCAGAAGCACUGAUUGUGACUAUUUUAAUGUUAUAUUUUUAACCAAUCGUUCGUUCGUUCGAGCUCCCUCUGUGCCGACAUCGAGAUGCGAUGGGUCUGGAUGUAGAUUUUUACAAACUGUUCACGAGAGUGCAAUAUAUUUUAUAUUUUCCGGUGAUCUACAGAAACCAGCGUUGGUCGGGGUCGAAUCUUGGAGGGGAGGGUCAACUGGGGGGGGAGGCUGGGGUGGUCACCGUGCCAGCUUUGCCCGCUGCCCUCUCCCUGGCACAGAGAUGGGGGGCUCCGCAGGGGUCUGGGCUGGGGGGGUUUUUCUUCCCCCCCCCCCCCCCCCUCCUUAUUUCUUGAUGCUCGUGUGCUCAGGAGGCCAAGGCUCGGCCUCCACAUCCCACACCAUGGUGCUAAUCUCCGUGUACAAGCACAACACAACCCCUCUCCCCAGCUCCCCCUCCUCCGCUCCCCCAUCAAAACCCCCACUGUCGACGGAAGGAGCCCGCGCGCUCUCCACGUGACUGACCGCGCCGUUUCCGCUGCGUUCCUCCGGGCUCUCCCCCCCCCCCCCCCCCCCAAAGACAUGGCCCUUCUUGAAACUGCCCCCUUGUGCGCAGGGAGAGGGUGAGAAGGUGGGAUGGGUGAGAACAGGUGAUCGCUGGACGGAAUAGACUCCGCGGGCCGAAGGGCCUGUUUCCGUGCUGUAUCUCUGAACGGAACUCCCCGAACCCUGGGAACAAUUUUGGAGGGGGGGGGGGGGAGGGGGAGGGGUUGGGAGAGGGGAGUUGUCAGUGUGGGAGGGUCACCUGGCUGGGAGGUAGUCUUGAGCAAACCCGGGGGGGGGGGGCGGGGGUGGUUCGGUGAGGAGUGAAGCAACUUCUGGAGGCAGUUUUGAGGGGAUGUUAAAGAGGGUGCGGACUCUAACUGGGUCGGGCCCCACACACACUCACACACACACACACACACGCACACGCACACACAGCACGCCCACUAGCUAGGGAGCUGCACUCCCCUUUAAUCCCAUCCCACCAGCGGCCAUCUUGCCCCGACCCCCUCCCCUCGCUCCCUGCUAGACACUAAAAGCCUCAGAAAUGUCCGCCCCACACACACACACUCUGCGUUUCACCGCGCGCGCGUGUGCUCUGAUUUUUACCUUUUUUAAAAAUCUUUGAUUUUUUUUUUUUUUGCUAAUGUUGUAAAUGAAUUAAAGUUGAAUGAUAAUAUACCUUUGUAAAACACG